AUGUCCCAGGUCAACACCACUGCCAACAUGUCCCAGGUCAACACCACUGUCAACAUGUCCCAGGUCAACACCACUGCCAACAUGUCCCAGGUCAACACCACUGCCAACAUGUCCCAGGUCAACACCACUGCCAACAUGUCCCAGGUCAACACCACUGCCAACAUGUCCCAGGUCAACACCACUGCCAACAUGUCCCAGGUCAACACCACUGCCAACAUCUCCCAGGUCAACACCACUGCCAACAUCUCCCAGGUCAACACCACUGCCAACAUCUCCCAGGUCAACACCACUGCCAACAUCUCCCAGGUCAACACCACUGCCAACAUGUCCCAGGUCAACACCACUGCCAACAUCUCCCAGGUCAACACCACAGCCAACAUGUCCCAGGUCAACACCACAGCCAACAUGUCCCAGGUCAACACCACUGUCAACAUGUCCCAGGUCAACACCACUGCCAACAUCUCCCAGGUCAACACCACUGCCAACACGUCCCAGGUCAACACCACUGCCAACAUCUCCCAGGUCAACGCCACAGCCAACAUGUCCCAGGUCAACACCACAGCCAACAUGUCCCAGGUCAACACCACAGCCAACAUGUCCCAGGUCAACACCACAGCCAACAUGUCCCAGGUCAACACCAGUGCCAACAUGUCCCAGGUCAACACCACUGUCAACAUGUCCCAGGUCAACACCACAGCCAACAUGUCCCAGGUCAACACCACUGCCAACAUCUCCCAGGUCAACGCCACAGCCAACAUCUCCCAGGUCAACACCACUGUCAACAUGUCCCAGGUCAACACCACUGUCAACAUGUCCCAGGUCAACACCACUGCCAACAUGUCCCAGGUCAACACCACUGCCAACAUCUCCCAGGUCAACACCACUGCCAACAUCUCCCAGGUCAACACCACUGCCAACAUCUCCCAGGUCAACACCUCCCAGGUGAACGCCACAGCCAACAUCUCCCAGGUCAACACCACUGUCAACAUCUCCCAGGUCAACACCACAGCCACAACAUUCCAUAUCGCUAGGUGUGCCACCUGCUCUUCCUCUACACCAUAUGUGGGAGAUGUCUCAUUUUCUAAAUUCAGUGAUGUUGGUUUGGAUACUAGUAGCCUAGAUGAAGUUAGUGGUAGUGGCUCUCAUCAUGACACUAGGUGGGGCUUGUACUGUCAGCAGCUUGCCCUGCAAAGCGAUGGUAAGUGA